AUGGGCCGUCCAGGUCAGACAAUACGUGUUCUACAAGCAGAUGCAGUGGCAGACGCAGCGCGAUCUGGCCGUCACGAUCGCACGCCGGACGAUGAUGUGACCGUGUCGAAGAGCGACGUGAUCAAUGGCGCCCCUUUCAAGCAAGGCGGUCGCUUGCUCACAGACGAGAAAGACCCAUGGGCAUUCAAUGCAUGGGAUAACGUCGAAUGGACGUCUGAACAGGAAAAGGUGGCAGAAGAAGCAAUCACCCGACAAAAGCAACAUCCUGUUCCUGCUGCCUUGCAAGAACAAGUCAAUGCUACCCCUGCAAUCCAGUGGGACAACUUCUACGCACGCGUCAAGACGUCGUUCUUCAAGGACAGAGCGUGGUUGACCAAGGAGUUUCCCGAUCUCGAACGAGCUUGUCGAGCCGAUAGAGGUCCUUGCACGGUAGCAGAGUUGGGCUGUGGCACGGGCGCCACUGUCUAUCCGCUUCUCAAGGCGAGCGAGAACCCGUUACUGACGGUGCACGCGCUCGAUUAUUCACAUGAAGCGAUUCAGCUCGUCAGAUCGCAUCCCGACUACAACGUAGCCAGAGUCAAAGCGGCGGUCUAUGAUCUCGCUUGCCCAGGCCUACCUGAAGGCAUGGCAGAGCACUCUGUGGAUAUCGUCACUUGUAUAUUCGUUCUGUCUGCCCUGCACCCUCGCGAGUGGCACCAUGCAGCUAGCAAUAUCUGGCGCAUGCUGAAACCUGGCGGCAUCCUACUGUUUCGCGACUAUGGAAGAUACGAUCUGGCCCAAUUGCGAUACCAGAAAGGCAGAUAUAUGCAAGACCAUCUCUACAUACGCGGCGACAAUACGCGAUGCUAUUACUUUGAACGAGAGGAUCUCAUCAGUAUCUUCUCGAGCGGUGAGCCUAGUGGAAGUGCCCGCUUCGAGCUCGACAAUCUCGGUGAUCUGGCUGCAAGGACGCUGGAUACGAUCACCUUCUAA